AUGCGUUUUCAGUCCAGCACCAGUUACGGACAUGUCAUCGACAUCCGCUCAGAAUCGGGCACGGCCACCGGCCGGCCACUGCAGGACGAGCUACUAGACUCUCUCCGAGGGGGCGAUGCCGUCCAGUCGGUUAGUGAUGGGUGCCAGCCGCCCAUCGAGUGGAGUCGAUCCAUUCCCACCAGCGUCCUCUAUGAAGGUCGAGGCAUUGACCUGUACGAAAACAUCACCAGAGACCCCGCGUACUAUCUGUACCGGGACGAGUUCUCCAUCUUCCAGAGAUAUUCGCAGGACAUUGCCACGGCUCUCCUGAGACCGGUAAACGCAAGAGAGGCGAAGAGCCUCAUCAAGCCCGAGUCAUCCGAGGACACCCAUCUCAUCCUCGUCGAUCUCGUGCUGACGAAGUACAGGCGCCGGGUGGACAUCCAGCAUGAGCAAUUGCAGAGGAGGAUCGACCAACUGGUCCGACAAAGGCCCGAAUUCAGCCGCGGCCAUGUCGAUACGUCUAGCCCUAUGAAGUUGAAGAGCAGUAUCUCCGCGCAGGGGAUAUGCGGAUCUUACUACGACGCGAUGGGAUACCUUGCGAGCGGAGGGCUGGUGGACGAAACGCCCGAGCUCAAGCACCAUGGCGGCCCCUUCCGCAAGUGUCUAAUGUGGCUUGGCUCCUCCUUCACCAACAUGAAACCCACGGAGGCUGCUCGAUUCCUUCGCCAGUUUACUCGCAACGGCGUCCUCCAACCAGGGGACUUGAUGCUGGUUGGGAUCGACCGUUGUAGGCAGGUGGACAAGGUCAUGGCGGCUUAUAGCGUAUCCUCACCUUCCUGGCAACGGUAUGUGCAGAACGGGAUGCGCAAUGCGGCUGAAAUCCUGCAAGAGGAGUCCCUGGUGGGGGAUUGGGAGUAUGUGGCGCGGUGGGAUGCUGCAGAAGGCCGGCAUGUGAGAUUCGCAAAGAGCACUCGACCGCGGGCCCUGCAGUCGCGAGAGACGGCCAUCCCCGAAGGAGAGCACGUCUUCCUGGCGCAGUCUUACAAGUAUACUCGAGCAGACGCAACAAGCGUGUUCGAAGCGGCAGGCCUUCAAUUGCUGGACGAGUGGGUCAACGCUGACGACGAUUGUUCCUUGUUUCUGUUGGAAAAUCAUCGUGAUUGA